GACCCAUCCGCAGCGGGUUGGAUCCGCUGGGGUGCGGCCCCGCCCCGCCGCCUGCCGCCCCGCCCGCAAGGUGAGCGGCCCCGCCCCGCGGAGGUGCGAGAACAGUAACGGUGUUGCAGAGAAGAACAUUUUUGAAGGAUCACUAUAAUUGGGGUGAUCCUCAGUUCACAAUGGAAGUCUCCCCAGGAACCAAGUUUGCUGAGACCUUUGUGUUUGCGGACAGGUUAGAGAUGCAGAGAGAACUUUUCCCAGGGGAGGAGCUAGGGAAUCCUUUUCUUCAGGACAGAAGUUUGGAGCACAUGGCUGUCAUCUACAAGGAGAUCCCUCUUGGGGAACAGGGCAGUGAGUGUGGUGAUUAUGGGGGAAAUUUCAGUCUGUGCUCUAGCCCUGUUCAACAUCGGAAUGUGCCCUCAACCACCAGACCCCAGGAUGAUGAGCUGUUUGGGCAAACCUUCCUCCAGAAGCCAGACCUCAGUAUGUGUCAGAUAGUCCAUGGUGGAGAAGACUCCAGCAAGUGUGAUGGCCAGAAAGCAGGCUGGGGGGACAUGGUGCUUAACAACCCUCACAGAGUGGUACAGCCAGCCAAGCCCUAUGCAUGCCGGGAGUGUGGCAAGGCCUUCAGCCAGAGCUCGCAUCUGUUGAGACACCUAGUGAUCCACACAGGGGAGAAGCCCUACGAGUGCUUUGAGUGUGGGAAGGCCUUCAGCCAGAGCUCUCAUCUGCUUAGACAUCAGGUCAUCCACACUGGGGAGAAGCCCUAUGAGUGCCAGGAGUGUGGCAAGGCCUUUCGCCAGAGCUCCGCCCUCACACAGCAUCAGAAGACCCACACUGGCAAGAGGCCCUAUGAGUGCAGGGCGUGUGGGAAGGAUUUUAGCAGGAGUGCAAGUCUCCGGAAGCACGAGCGAAUUCAUACUGGAGAGAAGCCAUACCAGUGCAUGGAGUGUGGGAAGGCCUUCAACCAAAGUUCAGGCCUGAGCCAGCACCGGAAAAUCCACACCUUGAAGAAGCCCCAUGAGUGUGAGCUUUGUGGGAAAGCCUUCUGUCACAGGUCCCACCUCAUCCGGCACCAGAGGAUCCACACUGGGAAGAAACCCUACAAGUGUGAGGAGUGUGGGAAAGCCUUCAGCCAGAGCUCCAACCUCAUUGAGCACCGCAAGACGCACACGGGUGAGAAGCCCUACAAGUGUCACAAGUGUGGGAAAGCCUUUAGCCAGAGCUCCUCACUCAUCGAGCACCAGCGGAUCCACACAGGGGAGAAGCCCUACGAGUGUGGCCAGUGUGGCAAGGCCUUCUGCCACAGUUCGGCCCUCAUCCAGCACCAGAGGAUCCACACUGGGAAGAAGCCCUAUACCUGUAAUGAGUGUGGGAAAGCUUUCCGGCACCGGUCAGCUCUCAUUGAGCACUAUAAAACCCACACCAGGGAGAAACCUUAUGAGUGCAAUAUGUGCGGCAAGUCCUUCCGGGGCAGCUCACACCUUAUCCGGCACCAGAAGAUCCAUGCCGGGGAGAAAUCGUAACAGGAAGAGCUGGUAGCAAAGCAUGCCAACCUUUACUGGGCAGAGUCUGUGUCCAUAUUGCUUUGUCUGUUAGACCCCACCUGCCUUCUGAUGGUAGCACUGAACAGAGGCCCUCCAGUCCCAGCGCCCCUGAAUAUCCACAGUAGCAAGAAAGCCCUUGUGGCACCUGGUAAGGAGCUCGACACUCAGCAGAUAUCAGAGUGGAAGGGCGGGUGCGGUGCUAGGCAGGCGGAGGAAAUGGAGGUGUUCUCGUUCUCCUGUUUGACUCGUAAGCCCGUGAGAUACAGUUUUUUCCUCUAUUUGCUUAUUCCAGAAUCCAGAAGAAGAAGAAUAAACAUUAAAAGGAGAAAGUUGAGUUACACCCAUGAAAAUGUCAGAUUAACUCUUUAACAUUAACCCUCAGCGUGGCAGUUUCUGAAGUCAGAAACUGUGCUCGUAGCUCAAAUCACCCAAAGAAAAACGAAUUCAAAAGCAGAUUCAUCAGCAGGCAAAAUGGAUUCUUCUGCCUGGGUCAGGCAUUGUUGGGGACAAUCAUAACAGGCUAAUAGAGAAAAGAGGGGUCUGGAAGGAUGGGUUUUGGGGUUGGGAGUGAGGGUGGUGGGCCCUCUUUUCUGUGUUAAAGAGAGGGUGGCUUCUGUCAGAGUCUCCCACAGGGAGGAGAGGCUGCUGGCUCUAAGUCAGCCUGGAGAGUAGGCAUUACUGUUCCCUGGAAUAAGGCCCCACAAGACUCAGUGAACCUGGGAUACCAGUAGGGUUCCCUUCCAGUCUGUGCUGUGCAUCCUCCUUUCUUUGUCCGCUAAUGCUGAGGGUGUGUGGAGCAGGGUGGAGAAGGCUGUGGUUCUGGAGUCACAAGAUCUGGGUUCAAAUCCUAGUUUGGCCCUAUCCUGCCUGUGUGACCUUGAGCAAGCACCACCCAUAGCCCCCUGGGACUCUGCUUCCCCACCUGUGAGAGGGGGUCAUGGGGCCUGGGUGUGCACCUCCAAGGCCUGGUGAGAGGCUUCUGUGCAGAUCGAGGCCACAUGUGAAAGUGCUUUGCAAUUUGAGUGGUCCCAGAUGGUGGCUGAGAGUGGAGACCCUGAGUGGUCCCCACUCAGAGAUGCUGCCCUCAGACUGGUGGGGUGGCCCCAUGCUGUUCCUAAAAUGACGAAUUUGCAGCAGGCCCUUUGUUAAGUCAGGCCUUCCCUCACCCUCUUAGGCCUGUACCGGGUCAGCAAGGGGCUGCGGUCCAUGUGUCCCUGUGACCCCAUCUGUAUAUGGAUAUCCUCCUGAUGUUGCCCAGAUGGAUAUGUCCUUCUGAUGCCACAUUCUUGUACAUCCCUGUCCUCUCCAUGGCACACUAGAGUAUACUUGGAGGUCAUUUAAAAAGUGCCAAUCCUGGGUCCCACCUAGACCAAUCCCAUCUGUAUCCCUGGAGCUGGGCCAAAACUUGGUAUAUUCUGAAGGCUCCCCAGGGGAUCAUCAUGUUAUAACAUAGCCAGGCUGUCUCAGCUCCCUGCCCCACCCCUGCCCCCAGGAGCUGGCUUGGGUAGUGACUCUGUGGCUGAUUGAUAAGUGUCUGUUUUGGGCACUCAGGCCUUAGUGCAGCCACGCAGGUCUCUAGUGCUGGUUCCCACUGGGCUCCACGGAGCUAGCGCAAGGAGGGAGCAGUCUAUAAGCUAUUUUCAAGUUUUUCAAAAGUGCAUGGCUGGAAUUACAUGAGCCCAUGGUGGUAACAUUGGUUAUCUCAGCUGAUCAGAAGCUCAGCUUAGCAGUGAUGUACAGUUUUGAUGAAUAAUCAUGGGAAAAUCAUAAUGGCUACUUAGUAAGUGGGGCUUGAUAGGCCAGGAGUUUUUUUUUUUUAAUUUUUAUUGUGCUUUAAGUGAAAGUUUACAAAUCAAGUCAGUCUCUCGUACAAAAAUUUAUGUACACCUUGCUAAACCAAACCAAACCCACUGCUGUCGAGUUGAUUCUGACUCAUAGCGACCCUAUAGGACAGAGUAGAACUGCCCAAUAAAGUUUCCAAGGAGCGCCUGGUAGACUUGAACUGCCGACCUUCUGGUUAGCAGCCGUAGCACUUAACCACCACGCCACCAGGGUUUCCUUGCUAUAUACUCCUAAUUGCUCUCCCCCUAAUAAGACCGCCCGCUCCUUCCCUCCACUCUCUCUUUUCGUGUCAAUUCUGCCAGCUUCUGACCCCCUCUGCCCUCUCAUCUCCCUUCCAGAUAGGAGAUGCCAACAUAGUCUCAAGUGUCUACUUGGUCUAAGAAGCUCGUUCUUCACCAGCAUCUUUUUCUAUCCCAUUGUCCAGUCCAAUCCCUGUCUGAAGAGUUGGCUUUGGGAGUGGUUCCUGUCUUGGGCCAACAGAAUGUCUGGGGGCCAUGACCACGGGGGUCCUUUUAGGGCCAGACCUUUCUAAAUGUUGGGUCUGGUGGACAGGGAGGGAGAUCUUAAUAGGAGUCCUGGUACUAAGUACAUAAGCCACUCCUCAUCCAGCUCUUCUCUGUGAGCAUGUGAAACAUUCAGCCAGCAGUUCAGGCCUCCAGAGCAUUGUGGGUGGCCUGCCCCAGUGGCCUUCAGUAAUUUAUCAGGAGUGAAGAGAGAAUGGAGCCCCUGGGUGAUGCAAUGGUUACUGUGCCUGGCUGCUAGGUUGGUGGUUUGAGUCUACCCAGAGGUGCCUUGAAAGAAAGGCCUGGCAGUCUACUUCUGGAAGGUCAGCCAUUGAAAAUCCUAUGGAGCACAGUUCUACUCUGACACAUAUGGGGUUUGUGUCACGUAUGGGGUAUGAGUCGGACUGAUGGCAACUAGAAGAAUGAAUGCUGAGACACCUUCCCAGCAUGGGCCCUGGCAGAUCUAACUCUUUAAGUCUACCCUACUGCCCCCUUCCCCGUCAGCCUUGGUCAGGCCUGUCACAUGGUCUCCUUUCUGACUCUUCCUGCACACCCUAACCAGAUUGGUUUCGUAAAGCGUCAUUUUAUAUAAAUUGCCAUUCUCCUUAAAACUAACCUUCAGGGGCUACUCUGCGCACACACUUGGUUCAGCCAAUCCAGUUGACUGCCCUCUGAACGUGCCCAUGGAGUUCAUGCCACCGUCUGCCAGAAACUUUUCCAUCUCCAGGUUCUCAUAACUGUCACUGUGUUCACAUUUUGGCAAUAUGUACUUUUUUCUUCUCCUCAGGCUCUCUGUCCUCCUCCUUUCUUUUUGACAGUUUAUGAAACAUGAGAGUUAGAUCCCUGUUCUGAAGGGUUAGGAGCCUUGCUGGUGCAGUGGUUAAAGUGCUUGGCUGCUAACUGAAAGAUAAGUGGUUCAAACCCACCAGCUACUCUGGAGGGAAAAGAUGUGGCAAUCUGCUUCCGUCAAGAUUACAGCCUUGGAAACCCUAUGGGACAGGUCUGCUCUGCCCUGUAUGGUCACUAUGAGUCGGAAUCGACUCGACUCAAUGGAGAAUGGGUUCUAAAGGGUUAACGGAUUCUCACGUGAACGUGGUAAGACCAAGUACUUUUUUGUUGGAAGUAUGAGUGGAGCUCUAUUCUUUAUGAGGAGCCUGCUCAACUUCUUUCAGUGUUUAAUGAUGUAUUUUUGUAAUUCUUCUAUUUAGAGUCUCAAACGGUAUAAAGUUAAAAGAGAUUGUCCUUAGUAUUGUUUUAAUCUUCCUUGAAUGUGGUGGUUUGUUUUAUAUUUUUUUCUGUUCUAUGAUGGUGGUUUACUUAAAUGUUGAGUGCUGUGAAGCUCCCACUCUUGAUUUGUUUACUGAUCUGAUUGUUUUGCCAAAUUAUAUGUAGUUGGCUCUUUUUUGGUGUUGUGGCUUAAUACUUUACAAUUGUAAGAUUAAUUAUUUAGAUAUAAUUAAUAUUUUUGUUACUUCUAGUGAAUAUCGGUACUUGGGUUUGUAAUUUUCUCUGAUAGCUUUGUUGGCACUUCAUGAAGUUUGGACGUGGAAUUUUUUUGUUAUUAGAAAUUUCCUUUUGGCCCAAAUGUUAUUGCUACUUUUUUUUUUUUUUUUUAAUAUUUCCAGGUGAUGAAUGCUUGUGUAAUUGCUGUUUAUUUCUUAUUGCACUGUAGUGUGCAACAUUUCUGAGUGUCCUUAGAAUUUCUUUGAACCUGAGUAUAAUAUCAAUUUUCACAAAGCAUUUAUGUACUCUCAAGAAAUGUACUUUUACUUCAUCAGUUCUAUUUGUUAAAUCAAUUUUUUGAUCAUUUUAUUCAAACCCAUACUUUCUCUUUUAUUUACUUCAGAGUUCUUAGCCUGGGGUUCAUGGACUACUUAGAAGUCCAUAGCAUGCAGGGGCUUUAGGGGCUGGUGGGCCCCCAGGGAUUUCACAAAGCUAUGGCGGUAUAUGUGUGAAUGGAUUUUUCUGGGAGAGGCCUCUGUAGCAUUCAUCAGAUUUCGAAAGGGCUGUGUGACCCCCAAACAGUUAUAAACACGAGUUUACCUGUUCUAAUUAUAAUCUGAUUUUCUGUUUUCUUCUUUAUGGUUUCUCUAUUUCUCUUAUAUAUGUUGCUGUGUUAGUCAUGUAGUUUUCUCAAAUCCCUUUUAAGAAAAUAGGGUAUAUAAAUUGUCAAUAAAACUGUAAUAUUUGGGGCAUAUAUAGUUAAUAGUGUUAUAUUGAAAAACUGUGCCUUUUAGUGCCCUCUUUGCCUCUUUCAAUGCUUCCAGCCUAAGCUUCACUUUUCCAAAUGUCAUAAUUGAAGCUCCUUGCUUUUCUUGAAUUUGCAUUUGCAUGAUAGAAUUUAGUUCAGCAUUUUACUUUUUGAAUUUGAGUACAUAUUUUCCUGUAUAUCUGUAACUUAUAAACAGCAAAUUGUUGGAUUUUGUUUUCUGAUUCUGUCUGUAAUUAUUUUUCUUAUGUAAGAAGUCCUCUUGUCAUUGACAUUGUUUUUUAAGAGUAAGGCAUCGUUUAUUAUCAUCUUAAUAUUUUAAUGUAUAUUAAGUCAUUUAGCCCAAAAGAUCAUGCUCAUUUUUUCCACUAUCUCUAACUACAUUUGGAGUAUCAUUUUUGGGUAGACCAGAGAUCUUGUCACAUUUGGGGUCAGUGCUGGGCUCUGCCCUGAGCCCACUCUCCAUGUCUUUGGCCUCUGACUUCAGUGUCCUUGGCGUAACAAGGGGGGAACAAUGCCCCCCUUAUAGCCUUGUAGGGCUCCUAUGGAGUGAGGCAGAUGUGCUUGGCAAACCGUGAGGUGCAGUUAAUUAUUGCACUAUUAGCACUCUGAAAUAUUUGGUUUAGUUUUUCUUACUCCUAGAGUUCUUUCAACAUAACUUAGAACAUUCCACUGUGCUUUAUUUUUUAGAAAAUACUGCUAAAUAUAAAACCCUAAAAAACCAAACCCAUUGCCAUCGAGUUGAAUCCAACUCAUAGUGAUCCUAUAGGACAGAGUAGAACUGCCCCACAUGGUUUCCAAGGCUGUGAUCUUUAUGGAAGCAGACUGCCACAUCUUUCUCCCAUGAGACAACUGGUGGGUUUGAAUUGCUGACCUUUCAGUUGGCAGCUGAGCACUUAACCACUGUGCCACCAAUGUUCAGAUAUGGAUCUGUCCCAUCCUCCGUGAGUGAACUUGUCACUUGAAGAGAGGUGGAGGUAAACAAGUAAGCAUGUAGUCCUGAUAAUACAUUCAUUAUGUGCCUUUGUGUCUUAGAGAUGUCACAGUAACAUAGCAGCCUGAGGAAACAUCGGGAAACAUUGACCAUGACUGGGAUGGUGGGAGACGGGAGAUAAGCUGUUUUGUGGCUAUCACUGUGACUCCUUAAAAGACAGUCCAAGAUUUAGGCAGAACUCAUGGAAGCUUUUACUCUGGCAAGGUGGUCUCGUACCCCUUCCCAUUCCCCUCGUCCAGGCCGGUCUCCCCUCCCCCACCCCACAGCUGGACCCUGCCAACAUCUCCAGGGAGAGAGGGGAUGCUCUGUCACAGCUCCAAGGGCUUGAGGAGUUGGUCACUCCUGGCCACUUCUGUUGCAGGUACAGAAGCUGAGGCCCAGAGCAGUUGAUGACUUGCCCAAGGUGUGCAGCAAUUUAGUGGCAGAGCUGGGGCUCAGCCAAUUCUUUUUCUACUGAACCAGGGCUGGUCCUCAACAUGGCUGUAUAUGGGGACCUCAUACAGGGGCCGCCUGGGAACGCUUCAAAUGCUGCUGCCUGGAUCCUACCCUGAGAUUUUGAUCUUACUGCCCUGGUGUGUGACCUGGGUGUCCGGAUUUUAAAAGCACCUCCAGGUGGUUCUAAAUGUGCAGGCUGGGUGGAGAACCACUGUGCUGAACCUGUGCUUCUCAAACUAGGCUUUGCCAGGAGAUCUGGUUAAAUCACAGGUUCUGACCAAGGGGCCUGCGCUGGGGCCCGAGACUGUAUUUCUAACUGUUCUCAGGUUGUACUGAUGCUGGUCCGUAGACCACACUUUGAAUAUCAAGGAGCUAGAGUGGUGAGGGCCAAGUGUUCUUCAGAAAUACUUGGGGUAUUUCCCUUGUAUAUAUUCCUAACAGUGGAGAUAGGUGGCCAAGGGUGUCGCCGUUGUUGCUGACACCCUCCCUUACAGUGGUCCUGCCUUCCAGGAACAAUCUAGGGUCAGGCAGUUGCUGCAGAGCCUGGUCUUGCAUUAUAAACCUUCAGGGAUGUUAGGGGCCAGCACUGACAAAGGAUAGUGCUCCACCCUGCAGGGCCUCCUUGCCCAAGUCUCUUGCUCUGGAUGCCUGUCUUAGUCCUCUAGAGCUGCUAUGACAGAAAUAUCACAAGUGGAUGGCUUUAACAAAGUGAAAUUUAUUUUCUCACAGUCUAGUAGGCUGCAAGUCCAAAUUCAGGGCGUCAGCUCCAGGGGAAGGCUUCCUCUCUCUGUCAGCUCUGGAGGAAGGUCCUUGUCAUCAAUCUUCCCCUGGACUAGGACCUUCUCCAAACAGGAAUCCUGGGUCCAAAGGAUGCUUCUGCUCCUGACACUGCUUUCUCGGUGGUAUGAAGCCUCCUACUCUUUGCUUGCUUCCCUUUUAUCUCUUGUAAGGUAAAAGGUGGUGCAGGCCACACCCCAGGGAAACUCCCUUUACAUUGGAUCAGGGAUGUGACCUGAGCAAGGGUAUUACAUCCCACCCUAAUCCUCUUUAACCACAGGCGGAGAUGACGAUUUAUAACACAUAGGAAAAUCCUAAAAUGGAGGACAGCCACACAAUACUGGGAAUCAUGGCCUAACCAAGUUGACACUUAUUUUUGGGAGGCACAAUUGAAUCCAUGGCAGCCCCCUUUCCACAGAAGUAGCCAGAAUAAGCUGUGGGGGGCUGUUUCAGGAGAGGAGAAGGAAGAGCCUGCCAGUGCCACUUUGGGAGGGACCUGACUGCAGGUGUAUAGUAGUUCCAACUCCACACUGGGGAGACCCGUCCGAGCCAGGGUGAUCUGGUCUGUUUGGGAGAGACAGCUUCAAGUGGCAGGCGUCUCCUGUGCAUCCUGCAGUCCCAGAGGAGGCAAGUGCUGGAACUGUCUUGAUCAGCCCAGCAGCCCUAGGGAAGGAAACAGUCCUGGUGCCAUGCUGGAGCCCUGCUGGGGUGCUGCCAGGACUUCUCAGAGGCAGCAAAUGGUAAAAGCCAGAUCGCCUUGGUCCCCUCAGAGUUGCUCGGCUCUUGGGGGCAAGUGGACAUUCACACACAUUACCCAAGGUGGAUGCAUUGAUUUACAGGGGAGUGGAAGGAGAGACACUUUUCUGAUGGGAGGAAAACUCCCUGACCUCCAGCACCUGAAAAUCCAGAAAGCCAAACUAGUGAGUGGAAUUGGGGUGUGUGGUGGUGACCAAGGUGGGUGUGAUGGUGUGAUGGUUAAGAUUGUGUGUCAGCUUGGCUGGGCCAUGAUUUUCAGUGUUUUGGCAGUUGUGUAAUGUUGUGAUCACUUCCCUGUUGAGAUUUGAUACUUGAUCACCCCUAUGAUGGCAUCUGCUGUGAGCAGCCAGUCAGUUGAAGGAGAGUUUUCUUGGGUGUGUGGCCUGCAUCAACUGUGGGCAGAUGUUCAAUCAGGGCUGUGGGGCUUUUGCUCAUUGGAGAUCCUGCAGCUGGCUCCUGUUUGUCUGACUUCUAGUUCUUGGGACUUGAGCUAGCACCUUACCUGUGGUCUUGCCUGCCGAUCUUGGCAUUCGUUGAUAUUCACAGCCUGUGAGCAACAGCCCUGCUGUCUGGCCUGCUGAUCUUGGGUUCACCAGCCCCUGCGGCUACGUGAAUCAGGAGAAGCCUCUUUCCUGACCCACAGACUUGGGACGUUACAACCUCUAUGACUGUGUGAGCCAUUUCCUUGAUAUAAAUCUCUGUAUGUAUAUUUAUAUGAUUUUCUGGUUUUGCUUCUCUAGAGAACCCAGCCUAAGACAUUUGGUACUGAGAGUGGUUCUAGAGAAACAAAAUUGUAAGGAUGAAUUUUCUAAAUUGGUUUUAAAGUCUGGUUAGUCUUAAAGACGAUGAGUCUGCUUCCAGUAGUAAUGAGGGCACUGCUGAUCCAUGGCAUAAGGCGGCAAUUCAAAUACACAGAAUAUCACCACCAGUGGAUCAGGUAUUGGUGAAAGACGAGGCUCUGGGUGAUUGCAUGUAUGAUACCUUUCUACAAUUUUGUCAUAAUGAGAAGUAUAAGGAAGCUGGUUGGUCCUGCUUUCACUAGACAAACUAGUGAAAGAAAGAGAUGAGCUUAGGGCUUCAGAGUCAAAGCUCGAGCACUGCAUAAAGGACCUCAAAGUUUCCACUUGUGCCUUGAAAGAAAACCUUAUUUCUUAUAGUAGCAGCUGAUAUUGCCAUAAACCAAACCCAGAGUCUUAGUGUAAGAGUGGCUGAAUUACAACACCAACUCAGCUGCUAAACUCGAGAGGGGUCAGAAGUUAAAGUGAGGGCAUCGAUUGGGAAGAACUGGGAUCCUGAAAGCUGGGAUGGGGACAUGUGGGCAGAUAAUCAGGAAGCUGGAGACACUGAGCCCCUAAAUUCCAGUGAAUCACUCCUACCAACAGAACCGUUAGCCCCUCCACUCCCAUCUAAUGAGAUUAACCCAACUGUAUCUAAAGUGCCUUUGUCUGAGUCAUUGCCUGGGACAUUAUAAAGGCAGAAGCCUUACAAGACAAUGCUGAAUGUUCUCAAAACAUUUCCCUACUGAUUUUGGCUUCUAGACCUAUAACUAGACUAAAGUCCCAGUGAGCCUCAAAAGGUAAAUCACAAAAUGUAACCCAGGAGGAGGUAUGCUACACUCCAAAAGAACUGCUUGAAUUUUCUAAUAUGUACAAACAGAAACCUGGGAAAUAUGUGUGAGAAUGGCUGUUAAGGAUGUGAGAUAAUGGUGCAAGGAACAUAAAGAUGCAUCGGUCUGA